AUGGACGACGAUUUUGUGGCCGUUCCGUUUUCGGAGCUCCUGUCCAGGUCGGUGUCGCGAUGCAUAACCGAUUGGCGAUGGUUCUGCGAAAGGACCACAACCGAGGGGAAGGCUAUGAAUAACCGCCUUCGAGGAGCCCUAAUUCAGUUUUGCAGGAGCCAGAGGGAAGUGUUUUUGAAGCUACGAGUCUUGUACGACAUCGCAAAAAUGCAGACUAGGAUAGACAAAAUGAUCGAGAAUGCAGACGUGUUUGAUGGGUACCUCAAGAAGGCUAGUGACGACCUCUGCAGGAACCUGUGCACAAUCACAACCACUGACCUUAUAAAACCGUGCGGAAAUACCUCUCUGGCUGCAGACUUGCUAUCUUGCGGAACGUAUACAAGGAUGCCUCUAAUGAUACCAACGCUUGUCAAAUGCGCAGUUUCAAGCUCACUCCCAGUUCCUCCGUUGAGCGACAAGGACGUUGAUGACACCAUGGAGAGAAUUUACGAUGAGUACCUUUAUAUAUACAAGUUGUCCAACAUUUGUAACAUGGAAGGAAUAUCUAUACAACGCGCAAACGCGCAAUGCACUUUGGAGAAGAAGGACUUUUUUACGGUGACUCUUAUUUACGAUUUUAACGCUUGGCAAGUUCUUGACGUUACUCUCUUGGUCCUUGAGAGUUCAGGGCACUCAUCUUCUGGAGAAAUAAAAACUUCAAUGCACACACUCUUGAAUAUGCACAUUUACGCAAAUAAGGAAAAUGUUUUUGAUUGCGUAUACAAGGUGUGUAACACAUUUUGCGGAAAGCUUAUCAUGGAUAGACUUAAAAAACAGGCCACUGAAUAUAAAAUCGCACAAUUUAUCGUUACUGAAGUAAAAUAUUACACGAGCGAUACAGAUUCCAUAAUUUUGUGCUCGGAUGUAUUUUUAGAGGAAUCGUCAUUUAUAUUUUUGGACGUUUCUAUAUUUUCAGGGUUCGUGUAUAAAGAUACACAAGGGCUUACUCUACAGUUUAAAAUGGACCAUAAUGGAAAUGUUUCAGUUUCUACGAUGCAAGUUCCAUUUUUGGAUGAAAAGAACAUUUGCAACACCAUGUUGGACCACUGGAUACACAAGGUGUUUGUUGAAUUGGAAAAGUACCAGUUUAGCAUACACGAAAACCCCAAUGUGUAUGUAAAUUACUGCAAUGGUGCGCUAAAGAUCCCAGAAAUUAAUGGAGAGUUUACUCUAGAUGAGCAUUCUCACAUUCUCCAGCUUUUGGAAAUACGUAAAUUUGUCAACACACUUCAUCCUGAACUUAAAAGAUACAAACAUUCCAGUGAUGAUUUUGUCAAAAAACUCUGGAUAUCCGAAAAAUGCAGCUUGUGUGAGGACACCUCUGAAAUUACAAUUGAGAACCAUGUAAUGAAAGAAGCACUGACAUCAGAUUGGUUCCUGAUUGAAGAAAUGAGCUCAAAUGAGAUCCAUGCCUCGGCCUCAUUCCUGUUGGAGGAAGAAAAUGAACAUGCUCUGGUCCUCUGUACGCUUUUACACGGGACGAGCGUUUCAAGGGAAGCCCUUGUGUACAUAAAGAAUGGACCGCGCGGCUGCAUACUUUUGGAGGAGUACUCUACGGAGGUAGUUGGGAGGCUCUCAGACUGCAUAUCCACAUUGGCGCUACAAAAUGUCGAAAUGUUUACCACACUGCCAUUUAAGGCGACCAGUAAUGAGCUCUUCCUCGUCAUUUCGACCCUUCAGAUUUGCAUGGGCCUGGACGGUUCAUUCAAAUCCAUCAGGGAUACUAGGAAUGACAAGCACAUUGCCAUUAAUUCCAAAGACUUUCCAACUGAACUCGUCGCUAGCAUGAUGAAGGAGGACUAG